CCAGGGAAGUGGGGGGACUGGAGACAACCUCAGCCACUCUAUGACCUAGGGCAUGCAAGUUACCCCUCUGAGCCUCUGUUUUUCUCUCUGCAAAAGAGAGGGCCUGGCCACCCUGACCUCUUAGAGUUGCUGUGAGGGUGUAGUGAGCAGAUCCUGGCUCUCUUCGCCUCCUCUGAUCCCCUGUGUGGUCUCGGGCUGCCUUCUUGGCCUUUCUGGGCACACUUCCCCAUUUAUAUAGGAAGUCACCACCCAACCUAGCCUGAGCUACUCUGGCCAGAAGUGAUAGUGUCCUGGGGUGCUGGGAGAGGCCUGGGUCUUUUCUCCACUAAAGACUUAUGUCUGCAGAGCUCUCCCUCUGGCCCCCCACUUUCCUUCUUCUCUCCUCACAACACCCAGGGAGGCAGGAGUGUGCAGCUUUGUCACAGAUGGAGAAAAUGAGGCUUAGAGAGACCUCAAGAGCCCAGCCAGUGCUCCACUCACCCCGCCAGGCCACCCUGCCCCAGUCAGCUCACCCCAGCUCCCCUUACCUGAUACCCAUCGGCUCUGUUACCUUGGAACUUGUGAGCCUUUUCUCCCUUUCCUGAGUCUAAGGGAGAACUUAGGGGAGGGAGGAGAACUGUAGUGACUCACCAGACAGAGGGACCCACCUGCCUCUGCUCCAGGAAGCCACUCUUCCUCCCCCAACUCCUGUGCUGUGGACACCCAGGCCUGGGCUGGAUCCCUCCCUGCCUCAAAAUGUGCCUUGGGCAGAUGAUGUCCAUUGUCUCCCCCUAGAAGUGGGUGGGCUGAUGCCAGCUGGCCUCAUACCAGGCGUCUGUGGCACUGCUGGGCUGGCAGGAGGCCCUGGCAGAAGAUGCCACCUGCAGGUUCUUUUAAAGGACCCCAAAGGGCUGGCCUGCCUGGGAUCCGUGGCCCAGUGUCGGGGGUGGCCACUCUCACCAAAGGCAGUGCUAAGAAUUUAGGCAAAUCCAGCCCUGCCCUUUCCCGGCUGUGAGGCCUUCGGCAUCUGAGCCUCUGCAUCCUCAUUGUAAAGUGGGGCUGUUGUGCCUAGCAUGGGGGCCUGGCACAUAAGAAACACUUGUGGGAUAUUAUUUGUUAUCCCUUCUCUGAGCUGGGCUCUGUGCUGCCAGGCCUCCCCUGUGGGCCCGUAGCCAGAGGCUCAGGCCCCAGGUGCCCAUGCUGCGUAGGUCAGGCAUGAGGCUCAGGGAAUUUCCAGAUAUGGGAGUUACAGCGUUUGGGGCAUGAGGGUUCUGCUGGGGUCUUAAGGGGCCGCAAAGAGACUAGAGCAAGCAGAAGACCUCUGUGCAAAUCACUCACUAUCUUGCCCCACUCGAUUCUGUGGCUCCAUGUGCAUCAGCACCUGUUUCCUGGGUUCCCUCUAUGCUCCUGCGUGUCCCGUCUGAGUUCUUGAUAACAAGAUAUCAGUCCAGUCCCUCACCUAGCUCAGAGCUAGGAGGAAGUGCAGCUCUCUUAGCAUCUGUUCACCUGCCUUUUAUUAGGCCACAACUGCUACCUAAAGGCUUUCCAUCCUCACCAUGGCUGCUAGGAGGCUCAGAGCUAACUGGUAAAACACUGCGGCCCAACUCCAUCUAUUGAGCUUCUACUCUGGGUUACAUACAUUAUUUCCUUCAGCAUCCACUAUCACCAAUGAGUGGAGCUCAAGAUCGAGGUGGUGCUGCCUGAGAAGGAACGAGGCAAGGAGGAGCUGUCGGCCAGUGGGAAGGGCAGCCCCCGGGCCUACCAGGGCAACGGCACAGCCCGCCACUUCCACACGGAGGAGCGCCUGCCCACACCUCACCCCUACCCCAGCCCUCAGGAUUGCGUGGAGGCUGCUGUCUGCCACGUCAAGGACCUCGAGAAUGGCCAGAUGCGGGAAGUGGAGCUGGGCUGGGGGAAGGUGUUGCUGGUGAAGGACAAUGGGGAGUUCCACGCCCUGGGCCAUAAGUGUCCGCACUACGGCGCACCCCUGGUGAAAGGCGUUCUGUCCCGUGGUCGGGUGCGCUGCCCCUGGCACGGCGCCUGCUUCAACAUCAGCACUGGGGACCUGGAGGACUUCCCUGGCCUGGAUAGUCUGCACAAGUUCCAGGUGAAGAUUGAGAAGGAGAAGGUGUACGUCCGGGCCAGCAAGCAGGCCCUACAGCUGCAGCGAAGGACCAAGGUGAUGGCCAAGUGUAUCUCCCCAAGUGCUGGAUACAGCAGUAGCACCAAUGUGCUCAUUGUGGGCGCAGGUGCAGCUGGCCUGGUGUGUGCAGAGACACUGCGGCAGGAGGGGUUCUCCGACCGGAUCGUUCUGUGCACGCUAGACCGGCACCUUCCCUAUGACCGUCCCAAGCUCAGCAAGUCCCUGGACACACAGCCUGAGCAGCUGGCCCUGAGGCCCAAGGAGUUUUUCCGAGCCUAUGGCAUCGAGGUGCUCACUGAGGCUCAGGUGGUCACAGUGGAUGUGAGAAACAAGAAGGUUGUGUUCAAGGAUGGCUUCAAGCUGGAGUACAGCAAGCUGCUGCUGGCGCCAGGGAGCAGCCCCAGGACUCUGAGCUGCAAAGGCAAAGAAAUGGAGAACGUGUUCACCAUCCGGACGCCAGAGGAUGCCAAUCGCGUGGUGAGGCUGGCCCGAGGCCGCAAUGUGGUCAUCGUGGGAGCUGGCUUCCUGGGGAUGGAGGUGGCCGCUUACCUGACGGAGAAGGCCCACUCUGUGUCUGUGGUGGAGCUGGAGGAGACGCCCUUCAGGAGGUUCCUGGGGGAGCGCGUGGGUCGUGCCCUCAUGAAGAUGUUUGAGAACAACCGGGUGAAGUUCUACAUGCAGACUGAGGUGUCGGAGCUGCGGGGCCAGGAGGGAAAGCUGAAGGAGGUUGUGCUGAAGAGCAGCAAGGUCGUGCGGGCUGACGUCUGCGUGGUGGGCAUUGGUGCAGUGGCCGCCACAGGCUUCCUGAGGCAGAGCGGCAUCGGUCUGGAUUCCCGAGGCUUCAUCCCUGUCAACAAGAUGAUGCAGACCAAUGUCCCAGGCGUGUUCGCAGCUGGUGACGCCGUCACCUUCCCCCUUGCCUGGAGGAACAACCGGAAAGUGAACAUUCCACAUUGGCAGAUGGCUCAUGCUCAGGGGCGCGUGGCAGCCCAGAACAUGUUGGCGCAGGAAGCGGAGAUGAGCACCGUGCCCUACCUCUGGACCGCCAUGUUUGGCAAGAGCCUGCGCUACGCGGGCUACGGAGAAGGCUUCGACGACGUCAUCAUCCAGGGGGAUCUGGAGGAGCUGAAGUUUGUGGCUUUUUACACUAAAGGCGACGAGGUGAUCGCCGUGGCCAGCAUGAACUACGAUCCCAUUGUGUCCAAGGUCGCUGAGGUUCUGGCCUCAGGCCGUGCCAUCCGGAAGCGGGAGGUGGAGCUGUUUGUGCUGCACAGCAAGACUGGCGACAUGUCUUGGCUUACAGGGAAAGGAUCCUGAGCUCACAUGCAGUAGACUUGGGCAGGCAAAGGGGGGCACCAGGGGCAGAGGCCAAGCCUUGGGGGCAAGUGCCAAUCUCCAGUCCCAGGAUCCCCCAGGGCAGAACCUGAGCCCUCCCAGUGCUUGCCUUCAGCCACCUGGCUCCCCUCCUGGGAGGCCUCUGCUGGAUUCAGAAGAUGCUCAACCCUCAAGGCCUCUACUGCCACUGACAGCUGGCAC